UAUUUAUUUUAAUUUUGUAUCAUUUUACUUUAUUCCAUGCAUUUCAAAAUUUUGUAGCUCAAACCCUUAAAAAAAGAAAAUUUCUUUGCCAACCUCCCUACCUUCUAGUCCACCUCUGGUGAAAACCCCAUACUACCCCUGACUUCGGAAAUGCAUUUCCGAAAAUGCAAGAAAAAGGUGUUUUCAGAGAUGCAUCUCCGAAAACGCCUUUUUUCUUGAAAAAAUUGUCUUAUUUCGGAAGUUCAUUUCCGAAAACAGUAUUUCGGAAGUUCAUUUCCGAAAUGCUGCGCGUUAUGCAGAUUUAUCAAAACACUCCCCCUCCCCCAUUCAUUUACCCUAACUCAAAUCAAAAACAAGCAAAGGCGAAAAUUUGUGCAAACACACUUCCAAGGCUGCAUCAAGGCUCCAAUCACAUUGCUAUACAACAUUCAAAAGCCCACAAAUCACUCAAUUUGAACAUGUCAGACAACCAACCAGCACGCAUCAGACAGGGUAGGGAGACCCAGACUGCGCCGGCUAGAGAGGGAAUGGGUGGCGCUAAGGGAAGAAAGGGUUCUUCAACCUCGUGCUCUCGCGGAGUGAAGGAGGUGAAGGAGAAGAAGAAGGUUUUGACUGGUUCUGCUUCUCGUCCCCUGGGGGUCCAUGGCUCGAACGUGCAGGCUCAGUCUUCCGGCGUGAGAGUCAUGAUCAACGCUGAUGGUUCUGAGACUGAGUGGGAUGAGGAUUGGUAUAAUUAUCUUCAUUCGGAGGAGUUCGCUCGUCGGGCAGAAUAACGUGUUUUUGUUUUGUUUGAUGUGUAUUUUGUAACGCUCGUCGGGCAGAAUAACGUGUUUUUGUUUUGUUUGACGUGUUUUGUUUUGUUUUGUUUUGAUUUCGGAUUGUAUCUUUCGCACAGUGUUUUUGGAUUGGAUUUAUCAUCUUAGUAUUUUCAGUUUA